AUGCUCUCCCACCUUGUGUUAAUUGCUUUCAUUUUGACUCCCUUUGUGAUAACCACGCCCCGUGGUGGAGCACGUGCCAGGAGCAAAUGUGCCCCCACCUUCGUAAGAACCCACCCCUUUGAGAUAGCGAAAAGGGAAAUUCAUCUGUACAGAAAAAAGGGAAUCUAUGUAAUCCGACAAAGAGGUGGGCCCCACGAGGAGAAGAGUCGAAAGGGGGCAAGACGAAAAAAACGCAGAGAUGGAAGCUCUAAUGACCACAGAGAAAACACAAAACGUGAGGGGGAAUCCACGCCUAUUCAGGAGGACCGCGUGAAGAGGCAUGCCGUGAGGAAGGACCACAAACGCAGGCACUCUUCUAAUGUGCCUAGUAUUUUAAACAGAAGGAGAAACAAAAAAUAUACUAAGGAGGAAGUGAAAGCGGAGAAGGAAAGACAGUUGAAGGAUAAGUUAACGAGGAGGAAAAUUUCCCAGGGAAUUCUAAAAAAGGGGAAAAGGCGGGGUAGAAGGAUCAACGACGAAGAUGAUGGUGAGGAGGUGGAGAGGAGAACAGACUUGACCACUGGCACGAGGGGGGAUUCGCCAAAUGAGGGGAAAGCAGAUCGGGGAGAAACAAAUGAGGGCUCCGUCAGUGGAAGACGCAACCGAGGUGGAAGGAGAACCAACCGCGGGAGACGGAUCCCGUCGCACAAGGAGCAGAAAAUCCUGGACAUGUUCCAAAAUGACCUGAACGAGUCCAUCGAAAGGUUAAAUAAGAAGACGAGAAAAUAUGAACUGUGCAGGCAGAAUGAGAAGUUGAAAAGCGCAAUGCAGAGCAAUGAAAUAAUGCGCAAGGUGUUAGCGGCGGACAAGUCUGCAGAAGGGAGGAGCAGAAGUAGAAGUGGAGGUAGGGAGCGGAAAGAAGGGACAGAACCCACAGGACCCAGAUGGACUCCUCACAGUGCAGAUGCCCCUCAGAUGAACCGGCGCGUCCGCAAAUAUGUGGACGACAUUAGCGAUCACGCAGGUAGGGGACAGACUAAACAUUCAGAUGAAAGGACCAAAAAGGAGAGCAAUGAGGAGGAGAAAGUGGAACUGUAUUCAUCACCUUGUCGAAAGGGAAAAACCAAGAAAGGGGAUACACACAGGAAGGAAAAAAAGACAAUUUUGGAAGAAACAAAGAUGACGAAGUUGAGACAAAGGAACCGAAAAAGCCACACCCAGGAAGACGACACUGAUAAAAACGGAAAAACAAAGGAGAAGAAUCACACCGAUCAAGUCGAAGGAGACAACUCAAAGCAAACAAAAGUUACUAUUAAAAUGGGAAAGAGCUUAGACCCCUUUAGAAGAAAAAUUCACAUCGAUUACGACAACUGCGCUCUCAGCGAUGGGGCGCGUAAGCGACUAUCCAAAUUUAGCAGCAUCAUCGAUUUGAAUGCAAGCGGAGGGGGGGAAAAGCACGACACGAAGGGGGGCUCGACGGAGGGGGUGACCAACGCGGAAACGAACGGGACGACAGACAGGGGCGCGAAGGGAGGGACAAAUUCCACGACGGAGGAGUACCACACCUUUGCAGACCUAGGCAUGUGUGACCACUUCCUCAAUGUCUACUUAAAAUACAACGGCAUUGAAAAACCGACGGAGUACCAGGCCAAGUUCAUCCCGCUUCUUAUUUUUUUCAUGAACAAUGGGUAUAGCGACUGGAGGAAUUGCUUGGGGGGGAGCGGAAAGAUGGAGGGAGCAGCCACCUUGGGAGGAGCCUCCACCCAGAGGACCCCAUCAACCAUGUCAACCCCGCUAACCUCGCUAAUCGCGCCGACCGGUUCACUGGCCCCCCUGGGAGACUCCCGAAGAAGCGCCUAUCCCCCCGUUGAACGCAUAAUCUACGUAAACAAGUACAACGAGCGGAGUGGCAAACUGGUUAGGACGUUCUUCCUGCACUGCCCCACGGGGACGGGAAAGACCUUCAUGUAUGUCCUUCCGCUCUUCCAGCACAUUACGAAUGUGUGUUUUGGCGUCACCCCGCGUUUGGGAGGAGCUCAAGGGGGGAAGGCAACGAAAGAGGGGAAAGCGAAAAAAGAGAGGAACCCCGUAGGUGUGAGCGCUGAUUCAGAAGUGACUUCCGAUAGGACGGUAGCAUCGUCCUUCGCAACAACCUCGUAUCGUGGCACCCCCCAGGACGGGGAAACCUUUUACGUAAGGAAGGAAAUUAACGGGGACGUGACUUCCUUCCUCUGUUCCAACGUUAAGCAGGAGCAGCAGCAUUUUGUCAAGCAAAAUAGGAGCAACUUAGCCGCAUGGGUGGACGCCUUAACGAGGACGGACCCCCCCGAAGAGGUGAAACGACACACCUGUAAUGACCACAUGGAGAGAAAAAAAAAAAACCUCUCGGAUAAGCCCCCCAAAAAUGACGUCCUAAUCGUUACGUACAACAAGGAGCUAGCCGUUCAGAUAUAUCGCCUAUGUAAAGAUUUAAUCGAUUCGUUUUUCAAAUCAUUCAAGUCGAAAUUCUUCGAUUUUAACGAUUCCCUGGUGUGGUCUCACCUACCCUCCGUAGACCCACAAAGGAAGACCCUACUGGAGCGCCUGAAUGUGAGCUUCAAAAAGGGGAAGAACUUAAAUGUGUAUUUGCUAAUCGGGGGGAACAACAUUAAAUACCAGCUGAAGGGGUUGAAGAAGUCGAAGAGGUCAAACCGGCUUAAGGGGCCCCCAUCCGAGGAACACUCGCCCGCAAUACAGGAAGACCACAUCGAGCACGUCAACAUCUACGUUGGCACACCUGGCAGGUUAGAAAGGCUAAUCAACGAAAGGCAAAUCAUUAACCUUGAUACAAUCUCAACCGUCGUACUGGAUGAGUAUGAUUUUUUCUUUAAUUCUUAUGGGAAGGGUAGUGAAGAGACAAAGACAGACAAACCGCAAGUGGAAAAUGAAUUUUUCUCCAAAAUAUUAAGAAGCAUAUAUGGUACUACGAAGAAGGGGCAGCCCGGGAGGGGCCCUCUCCCUCCGUGGACUUCCCUCACGAAUGUCAUCUGCUGCAGCGCAACUCCCGCGGUGUAUUCGUACUUGACGUUCACGCGGCAUAUCAUUACGACCAACUUCCUGCGCCACCUCCAUGGGGGGAAAGAACCAGCUUCGGAGAAGGAAACAGCUGUGGAAAGGGAGGCAGGUGUGGAAAAGGAGGCAGGUGUGGAAAAGGAGGCAGGUGUGGAAAGGGAGGCAGGUGUGGAAAAGGAGGCAGGUGUGGAAAAGGAGGCAGGUGGGGAAAAGGAGGCAGGUGUGGAAAAGGAGACAACUGCGGAGGGAGAAGCACCCGGGGGAGGGCACUCAAGUGGGAAAAGCUUCCUAAGGGGGAAUCGCCCCCCCAUUGACCGCCAACUGGAGCAAAGUAUGCUAAACGAGUUGUUCAAUCUGAAGGAGUUCGGCAAAAUUCCAGACAAUCUGAUUCACCUAAAUUACACUUACGACAGGAGGAACCGAGAAUGGAACAACAGCGCCACAAUGAACUUCCUAAAUGUACUGUUUUCUAACCCCCUGAGGAAGAACGUCCUGGUGUUUUGCAAUACAAAGAAACGCGUCAUGGAUCUGUGGAGCCUCUUCCGAAACCGAUUCGACGUGGACAUCCAGACCAUCUUCGCAGAGAAAAACAAAAAAAGGAAAAAGAUAUUCACAGAUAUUAACUAUGCCAAUUUUUUUAAAAAUGACUUAGUGGACUACAAAAAUCUGAAGAAGUACGUCAAUUUUUUGUUUCUCUCCACAAACUUGCUCUACCGGGGGAUCAACUGCAUGGGGUUCACCACCAUCGUGAACUUUGACAUGCCUUCAGGCCCCACCGAAUACGUCCACAGGUGCGGAAGAAUAGGCAGGAUCAACAACAAGGGAAUGAUUAUUAACAUUUUUGAGAGAAGCUUCCGCCGCACAUACAGGCGAAGGAUCUUUUCCAAGCUGAGCAUCCAGCCCUACGACGUCGACUGCUACAUGAACAAUUUGUUCACGCUGGGGGGGGAGCGACUUCAGCGCGACGUCGGCAAAGAGAUUGGCGAAGUUGGCGGAAUUGGCGGAAUUGGCCAAGUUGACUCCGAAGCGGGCUCCGUGACUCACUCCACGGCUCGCCCCAAUGCUAGCGACAACACGGGGGAUCCGCCUCCGCACAGCGAGCGCAGCACCUGA